GGAAGCCGAUCCAGACGAUUGGGAAAUCGGGCCCAUUUUCCGCAAAAUUCGAGGAAAUCGCGCAUUGUGUGGCGUCGCUGUGCGCCCUUUUCCAGCCGGCCAUCCAGGCCGACAUCGUUGCCCAUUCAAUAAUUCGGGCUGUGUACUACGAGGGGGCGGCGCGUCGAUUCGACAUUAUCGGACAUGUUUCGGACCGCGUUCUGAUUGAUCAUCAUCAGUGCAGACAGUUGCUUGCCAGCCCGAUCCUGAGCGGACCGCGCUUCUCCUCCACACUCAACCGUAUCGAUUUAAUAGCAGGCAAUCGAGUGGUUUUGAGGCGAGUGUUUCCUCCUCCUGCGACUCGGCGCUGAAAAUGCCUCAAAUCCUCAAAGCCUGCUGGCAGCGGACGCUUUUGAGGACGGCGGCCUGGACGAGAUGAUCAUGAUUCUAAUCGGGUGUCUGGAAUCAGCUCAGAUAUUUUCAAGCAGAUAGAGGCGGUGGAAAACGACCAUGACUCCUCCACAGCUGCCGCCCUCGAAAGACUCGAUGCGCCAACGACAUACGGGGGACGGUCGCGAAAUGAACGAGUCGCGCUCGCGCCUCGGCCUCGGACUGUCCUCGACGCUGGACAGACACGCGCAACAGCCGGACACCAACGGCCUGGACCUCUACUACAACAGCCGUCCGCCGGACACCAACUGGGGCUACCAGCCGCCCCCGCCCGUCAUCACCGAACAGCCCAAAUCGUCCCAACCCCACUUUCCCCAAUACGAGCGCGGCUACCCGAACACGCUGGAAAGUCUCGCCGAGAAGGUCCAUUCGUUCGGCAUGGGGCGGCGCAUGUCCGCUGGCGGUCAACCGGCCCCUUCAAGGAUGACGUCACAACAGAGCCCCGCCUCCCACUACUACGUGCAGCACGCAGGAACCGGAAGUCGCAGGAUGAUGCCCAGGUCCGGAUCCGACCAGCAUUUGCCCCAUACGGAAUACACGGACUACAGCAGCAUCACGCCGGCGGGGCGCCACAGUUUGCUGCGCUCCAGCCUCAAAUCGGGCUCCACCUUGAGCAGAUACAACCAGAGGUUCGUGGACCAGGCGGCAGUGGCGGCGCAGCUGCAGUCAAAGUACGCGACCGGCGGCCAGUACGGCACUGCGCUGCGCAGAAACCGCGGCAGCUUGGACUAUUCGAGCGACUCUGAGGCGACAGUGGCGGCGCGCAGCGGCUACUACUACUACCGGGACCGGCCAGCAGCGCCAUCUGCGCCAGUGGCGCACGCCACUAUUCCGUCGCUGGGCCGCCAGGGGUCGCUGCCUGCAAGCGCCGACGUCGGCACCAAGUUCAACUCGUUGCCGCGCGACGCCCGAGGAUCCACCAGGCUGGCGAUGAAUAAGCGAUUUGGGGACCGGGGCGGUGUUGCCCUUCUGCAAGACGACGCCGAUGGGGCGCUUUCAGCCCCGGAAAUGCCGUCGAUUCGACGCGAUCGCGGCCGCAUUCCGUCGUCACCUAGUGUCUUCUCCUCAGAUGAGUACCGCCAAUGGCUGAGCCGCACCCCCUCCACGUCUGCCAUCUAUGAGCAGAUCCGAGCAUCGCGCGACGUGCUCAAUCAGCAGCGCGCCGCCCGCUUCACCUACAGUGCGGAAAACAUUCACGACGCCCUGAAAAACAUGGAAAGCGGCGUCUACAGCUCGUACGGCCGGCCAGGAACCACCUCCACUUUGGACCGGCACUUUAGCAGGCCGCAACAGCCCAACAUCCCCGCCAGGUCGCUUUCCACCCAGCAUAUCACCAGUUCAGCGCUGAGCAACAGCCGAUCGCCAUCUAUGCGCCGCAUGCGGCAACUACUCGAUUUGGACAGUUCCCGAGCGGGGGCGGCACCGAGCCCCGUCCCCACUCCGAGCGGCACGCUGCCGCGCGGGCAGCGCCAGCUGGACAUCAACCCGGCAGAAUUCCUGAAGUACAAGAUUGAGAAGCCCGGCAACAUUGCCGGGCUCACGCAGCUGGGCGCGGGUUGGCGUCAGGGACCUGUACUGCGUGCUGGAAUGCGACCGCGUUCACAAGGCGCGCACAGUGGUAAGAACCGGCGAUCUGGUGUUCGACUGGGACGAAAGCUUCGAGCUCGACCUGGUCAACAAUCGCGAGCUGGACCUGCUGAUCUACUCGUGGGACCCGCAAUAUCGGCACAAACUGUGCUACAAGGGCUCCGUCUAUCUGCCCACGCUGCUGAAAUCGGGGCCCAUCCAUCAGCUGGCCCUCAAAAUCGAGCCCCGCGGCACACUGUACUUGCGGCUGCGCUACUCCGACUCGCUCAGCCUGUACAAGCGUCGCACUCUGUCCAGCAUGACGCUGUCCAGAGCCACGCCCCUGUUCGGCGUCGACCUGGAAACAGUGGUGAACAGGGAGGGCAAGACGGGGGGUGCGGCCACCGGGUUGGGCAGCGGCGCCCCCCACCACCAGAUCCCCAUCAUCGUCAAGCGCUGCGUCGAGGAGGUGGAGCGCCGCGGCCUGGAUAUCAUUGGGCUCUAUCGGCUGUGCGGCUCGGCGACCAAGAAGCGCAUUCUGCGCGAGGCCUUUGAGCGCAACAGUCGCUCGGUGGACCUCAGCCCGGACAACGUCCCGGACAUCAACGUCAUCACCGGCGUCCUGAAGGACUACUUGAGGGAACUGCCCGAGCCGCUUUUCACCAAGUGUCUCUACCAGAUGAUGGUGGACGCUUUGGGCGUGUGUCUUCCCGAUGAUCCCGAGGGAAACGCCAAGCUGAUGUUCUCCAUUCUGGACUGUUUGCCGCGCAUCAAUCGGGCCACGCUGAUCUUCCUGAUGGACCAUCUGGCGCUGGUGGUGUCCGCGUCGGACCGCAACAAAAUGAACGCGCAGAAUCUGGCAACGGCGCUAGCCCCGCCCCUCAUGCUCCAGUCGGGCGAGUCGGCCCCGCCCACCGCCACCAAGCCGCACGAGCUCGACUAUCAGCAGCCAAUCAGCGUGCUGCGCUACCUGCUGCAGAUCUGGCCGACGCCCAAACCCCAUUCAGACAGGUCGGCGCGGCAGGCCGCCCGGGCCGCGUGGAGACAGUCGCAGUGCGUGUCCAGUGGAGGGGGGCCAGGGGCGGGGCGGACCGUCUCGGCCCUUAGCGGCUCCGUUUCCUCCUCCUCCUCGCUCAGCAGUCUCGGGCCAGUCGCAGCUGCGCGCCCCACUGCCACCGGCCCCAUCACACCAGACACUCGGCCAAUCAGCAGCAAGCAAAGGUCCCUACCGUCCGCUCUCGCCGCGGGUCGGGGCGGCGUCGCCGGGCCAACAGGCGUCCUCGGCGUCGCCCGCGUCCCUCAAGCCGCGCCAUGUGAUAGUUUCCUCUCCAGGCUCUCCAAGCAGCAGUAGCGACUCCCAAUCGGGCUCAGACUCGGUAAAACACUGCCUGCCCAGCCGCGUUAGUUCCCCGGCGAUCCGCGCAUCCCC